AAACAAAAAGAAAGUCAGUUCGCCGGUUAGUUGAUCCGUUUUAUUUAUGUGGUUCGCAUCGAGUGCGGUAAUUGCUUCGAUUUGUUAUAAAAUAUAAGUAGAGGUCAUGAGAUUGGAGCUGGUUUGCUUCUUCCUCUUCUAUAUCAGUUGUGCACUAGCUGAAAAUCUAGAGGAAACUGAUCAUGAAGAUCUCAAUCCGAUUUCUCAAACAGAAGAGGAUGCGGAAGAUAGUGAUCAAAGUAAACGAUUUUUAUUUGGUGAUGAUUCCACAAAAUAUGCGUUGGAGAAACACGUUAGAUUUCGAGGAGGACAAAAGCAGUUUUUGGGUUAUAGACCGGUUAAACUUCAAUAUUUACCAGUUGCUCAACCGUUGUAUAAUUAUAAACCAAGGCCCAUGAGAGUACAGGGUUACAAUCGACAAAAUUUGCAACAAUUUAGGAAACCUACAGUGUCUUUGGUACCACCAAAAGUGAACCCGUUGUACAAAACUUUGCCUGCAAACGUUCCGCCGAGUGCGCCGCAAAAACUAUCAGAAACGCAAGGAUGGGAUGUGAAACCAGUGUAUGGACCCCCAGGAUUUAUUCCAUCAUCUCCAGAUCCUAACCCAUCAAUUCCUCCUCUUGAACCUUCAUUACCAGUUAAUCCUAUUAUACCAUCUACGCCCGUUCAACCUAUUUUACCAAGUCCUGUACAACCCGUUUUACCUAGCCCCGUACAACCAGUUUUACCCAGUCCUGUGCAACCUCUUUUACCUAGUCCUGUACUGCCACAUCCCAUUCAGCCAAUAAUACCAACAGCACUUCCAGCGCAUCCUCAUAUCAAUGUUGUUCCACAUUCGCACCCAGGCAUCACAACUGUGCACUUUUUACCAAAACCAUUUGUACCUUUACCUGUGCAUCCUAAUUUAGCUUUACCUACACAUUUACCUGCUCCUCUACCAAUUCCAACUCCCGUUCUUCCUGCACCACAACCAUCCUUAAUUCCUUUACCCACAUCUGUUCCAAUACAACCAAUUCAUCCUCCUGUUUUGGUUCAAAAGCCAUUGGUACCUAUUAAUUUUAUACCAGGUAAACAUGUCCCAGUUCCAGAUUUAGGUGUUCUUCCUUUGGGCGCUAACGUUCCAGUUCAAGUAAAUUCGCAAUCUCCUCACGCAGUACACAAACCAGUAUUAAUACAACAUCCUCAAUUUAUUCAAAGACCUCUAUUAAUCCAACAUCAACAACCACACGUUCACGUGGUUCCUAAAAUUCCCAACGUCCAAUUAGAAGGAGGUUUCACUCCUAUUCAAACGAAUCAUCCAGAGCCGAAUCAUAUUCAUCUGCAUCAUUUCCAGCCUAACUAUCCACAACCAAUUCAACCAAAUGUAAUUCACCAAGUUCCAUCGGGAGUUAUUCCACAGCCUCAACUUCCAAUUGAACCUAAUACUCAACCUGGUUAUCCGAAUAUCCAACCUGGAUUUCAUAAUAUUCAACCUGGAUUUCAUAAUAUUCAACCUGGAUUUCAAAAUAUUCAACCGAAUUUUAAUAAUCAACAACAAGAAGAACCACAACAAGGUUAUGACGAGCAUCCCAGGUUCUACCAACCUGGAAAUACAGAUCUUCAAAUACCAGAAUAUUUACCACCACAUCCACAUUUAAGAAACAGUCCACAACAAGAAGAGUAUCAAGAAAAUUAUGAUCAAGUUAAAAAGCGAUGA